GCCGCCCUUCUGCGCCCCUGGCCGAGGAACAUGGCGAAGACCUACGACUACCUCUUCAAGCUGCUGCUGAUCGGCGACUCCGGCGUGGGCAAGACGUGCGCGCUCUUCCGCUUCAGCGAGGACGCCUUCAACGCCACCUUCAUCUCCACCAUCGGCAUCGAUUUCAAGAUCCGGACCAUUGAGCUCGAUGGGAAGAAAAUCAAGCUGCAGAUCUGGGACACGGCUGGGCAAGAACGCUUUCGGACGAUCACGACCGCUUACUACAGAGGAGCAAUGGGGAUCAUGCUGGUGUACGACAUCACCAAUGAGAAAUCGUUUGAAAACAUCCGGAACUGGGUCAGAAACAUCGAAGAGCAUGCAUCUCCGGAUGUAGAAAAAAUGAUCCUGGGGAACAAGUGUGACAUGAACCACAAGCGGCAAGUUUCCCGAGAGCAAGGGGAGAAGCUGGCCGUAAGCUUUGGAGUUAAGUUCAUGGAGACCAGCGCAAAGGCAAACAUCAAUAUAGAAAACGCAUUUUUUACUCUUGCCAGAGACAUCAAAGCAAAAAUGGACAAGAAACUGGAAGGCAACAGCCCCCAGGGCAGCAGCAGCAGCAGCCAAGGGGUCAAGAUCAGCCCGGACCAGCAGAAGAAGAGCAGCUUCUUCCGAUGUGCCCUCCUCUGAAGGGUCCAGCCUUCCCGUGAGGCCCGCCCGCCUGCUCCACCUCCCUGGACUGUGCCUGCCCGCCUGGGGCCCUCCACGCUCUCUUCCUGGAUCCCACCCUGCUGCAGCACGCUCAGCCACGUCGCACCCUUCACGACGACAUGAGGAGCGCGGCUUCUUUUCACAAGGGGCUCUUUGUGCUGGGGAAAGGCGGCCGCUUCCCACCGCUUCUGCCAG